AUGAAAGAUGGGUUCCGUGUGACAAUAGUACCCAAAUCCUUGGAGCUGUGGAACCAUCAUCAUCAACCGGAACACGACCUCAUACCUCAAGCAAGGCCUCUCUUCCACCAAGAUCUUUACAGCUUCGUGGCUGCUCUAGGAGUGGGUCCAACCACCGUGUCCGACGAUCAGUCACCCUCGAAAUCGGCCUUCCUAGUGACGGCGUCGGUUGUGGGGAGCAGAGCAGCAAGUGGAGCAGGUGGGAUUAGUUGCCAGGACUGCGGGAACCAGGCGAAGAAAAAUUGCCCUCACAUGCGGUGCAGGACAUGCUGUAAGAGCCGUGGCUUCGAUUGCCAAACCCAUGUGAAGAGCACUUGGGUUCCCGCUUCCAAGCAUCGCGAGAGGCAGCACCAACUCGCCUCUAUUCAACAACAACAGCUUUUUGCUGCUGAUGUUCCCAAGUGCCAAAGAGAUCAUGCCUGUGGUGGCGAGAGCAUGGUGACAAUUGCGAUUGCUACAACUGCAGUGGGAUGGGUCACAUGGAUUAGAAUUGUAACAAAGGAGGAAGUGAAUGUGAAGGCAUGCAUGGCAGUGAUGGUAGAUGCAAAUCUGUUAUAA